AUGGACGCGGCGGCGGCGUACAGCAAGGCUGUGGCUGGCGCCGGGAGGGACGGAAGCGGUGGCAACGAGGAGGUGGCCUGGCGGUGGCCGUGGCCGGGAUGGCGCCGACCGGGGCGGGUGGAGGUGGUCGUGACGGGGUUCUUGGCCACCUCGACGCUGCUUCUGCUGGUCUUCGGCGGCGCCGGGAACCAGCCGGCGUUCUCAUCGUCGCCAGGAUGCGAAUUCGUGCAAAAGCCAGUUUACGUAGCAUCGCUUGUCCGUGAGCAUGUCGCGGGACCGCCCCCGCCGACGAUUCGGCACGACCAAGACCGCCUCCUCGGCGGGCUCCUCUCGCCGGCCUUCGACGAGCAGUCCUGCCGUUCCAGGUACGCAUCGUCUCUCUACCGCCGCCCGUCGCCGUUCCGGCCAUCCACCUACCUCGUGGAGCGCCUCAGGCGGUACGAGGCCCGGCACAGGCGGUGCGGCCCCGGCGCGCCGCUGUUCAAGGACGCCGUCGAGCCCCUGCGGUCCGGCCGCAACGCCGCGCGCUCCGAGUGCCAGUACGUCGUCUGGACGCCGAUCAACGGCCUCGGCAACCGCAUGCUCUCGCUCGCCAACACCUUCCUGUACGCGCUCCUCACCGACCGCGUCCUGCUCGUGCACGCGCCGCACGAGUUCGACGGCCUCUUCUGCGAGCCCUUCCCCGGCAGCUCCUGGGCGCUCCCCGCCGGCUUCCCGAUCACCGACUUCGCCGGCGUUUUCACCAUGGGGUCGCCGACGAGCUACAAGAACAUGCGGCAGGCCGGGGCCGUGAGCGGCGACCACCGCAACGUCACCGCCGACAGCCUGCCCGCGUUCGUGUUCCUGGACCUCAUCCAGUCCUUCACCGACGCCGCCUUCUGCGAGUCCGACCAGCGCGUGCUCGCCAAGUUCAACUGGGUGGUGGUCAAGUCCGACGUGUACUUCGCCGCCAUGUUCUUCCUCAUGCCGGCCUACGAGCGCGAGCUCGCGCGGCUGUUCCCGGAGAAGGAGGCCGUGUUCCACCACCUCGCCCGCUACCUCUUCCACCCGUCGGACGACGUGUGGGCCAUCGUGCGCAGGUACUACGGGGCCUACCUCGCCAGGGCCGACGAGCGCGUCGGCCUUCAGGUGCGCGUGUUCCCGGAGAUGCCCGUGCCGUUCGAGAACAUGUACGGCCAGAUCCUCCGGUGCUCGGAGCAGGAGCCCGGCCUGCUGCCGAAGGUUGCGCGCAAGGGCGGCGCGGCGGCGAACCACUCCUCGGCGGCCGUGGCGUCGUCGGGGAGCAGGAGCAACAAGCUCACCUCGAUUCUGGUGACGUCGCUCUUCUCCGACUACUACGAGCGCAUCCGCGGCGUGUACUACGCGAACCCGACGGAGACGGGGGAGUUCGUGGAGGUGCACCAGCCGAGCCACGAGAGGGAGCAGCGCACGGAGGCGCGCGCCCACAACCAGAGGGCGCUGGCGGAGAUGUACCUGCUGAGCUUCUGCGAUCGCAUCGUCACCACCGCGGUGUCGACGUUCGGGUACGUCGCGCACGGGCUCGCCGGCGUGCGGCCCUGGGUGCUGCUCCGGCCACCGACGCCCGAAGCGCCGGUUGAUCCGGCGUGCGUCCGAUCGAGGACAGUGGAGCCCUGUCUUCAGGCGCCGCCGCGACGGAUGUGCGGUGUGGCGGAGGGGUCGGACAUUGGAGCUCUGGUGCCUUACGCCCGGCACUGCGAGGACGAGCACAAAGGUCUCAAGCUGUUCCCUUAG